GCAACGGCUCAGGAACACGCAUGAAUUACAACCGUGCGCACCAUAAUUUCUCGUGCGCUUUUUGUGUCUAUUUGAAGUUUUCUCAGGACUGACAUUUUGUGGCAAUCAAAUGGAAAGGAAGGGUAUUUUGGGUGAGUCCGUAGGCGGUGGUUGACCCUGUAGCACCGAGUGAAGCGCGGUUCAAAAUGCCUCACAUCAGGGGAUUUGACAAAUGGCAUUCAACGGGGAGUCACUUUUAAACGAUAACCUCUGGAUUCGGCCUCGCUACAUAACAGGCGCCAUUUUCAGUCUCCGUAACGUGUAAUUGAAGUAAUUUAUCGAUUUAAUAAUCAGGAUCUUCCUGGAGACAAAUGAAACAUGGAUUCUACUUGGGUUUUCUGGUCAUUCUGUUCUCUAAAAACUGAAAAACGAAAGUCUGGAAGCUAUGCUACAGAACACGGAGUUUCACACCUGUAAGUAAAUUCUAGUACAGGAUAAUCAGGAUGAAAAGAUGGCAGCCACGCUGUUACCAACGGGUCCUGAUGGCUUGCGCCGGUUCACUCGCGAAUCCCUGGCCGCCAUCGAGCAGCGGAUUGCCGAGGAGCAGGCCAAGAACGCCAAGGAUUACCAGGAGGAUCUGGGCAACGUGGAGCUGCCCAUGCCCAGGCCCGACCUGGAGGCUGGCAAACAACUUCCACGUAUCUUUGGUGACAUUCCCCCAGGACUGGUUGGGGUACCUCUGGAUGACAUCGAUCCCUUCUACUUCAAGAAUCAGAGGACUUUUAUAGUAGUUAAUAAAGGGACGGCCAUCUUCCGGUUCAGUGCCACGUCUGCUCUCUAUAUAUUUACCCCUUUCGCCUUCCUCAGAAGAAUCUCCAUCAAAGUCCUGGUCCAUUCAUUAUUCAGCUUGUUCAUUAUGUGUACUAUUCUGACCAACUGUUGCUUCAUGGCUAUGUCAGACCCUGCCCCUUGGACCAAGUACCUGGAGUACACGUUCACCGGUAUCUACACCUUUGAGUCCAUGAUAAAGAUAUUUGCGAGAGGAUUCUGUGUCGGACCGUUCACCUUCCUGAGAGACCCAUGGAACUGGCUGGAUUUUAGUGUAAUCUCCAUGGCAUAUCUCACGGAGUUUGUGGACCUGGGAAACGUGUCUGCGUUGAGAACAUUCCGGGUCCUCCGAGCGCUAAAAACCAUCUCUGUCAUUCCAGGCCUAAAGACCAUCGUAGGUGCUCUGAUCCAGUCAGUGAAGAAGCUUGCGGACGUGAUGAUCCUGACCGUGUUCUGCCUGAGCGUGUUUGCCCUCAUCGGCCUGCAGCUCUUCAUGGGCAUCCUGCGUCAGAAGUGCGUCCGUAGCGCGGCACACUGCGUCAACUCCUCAUACAACGUCAACGACACCUUCACCUGUAACAACCGGACCUGGAAUUCCAUGAACGACUUCGUCACCAAUGAAGAUAAUUUCUACAAAGUUGAGGGAGCAAAGGAUGCCUUAAUUUGUGGAUAUGGACAAGAUGCAGGGAAGUGUCCUGAGGGAUUUGACUGUCUGAGAAUAGGAAGGAACCCUAACUAUGGUUAUACCAGCUUUGACAGCUUUGGCUGGGCUUUCCUGGCGCUGUUCCGGCUGAUGACCCAAGACUACUGGGAGAACCUCUAUCAUCAGACUCUGCGUUCAGCAGGGAAAACCUACAUGGUGUUCUUUGUGCUGGUGAUCUUCCUGGGUUCCUUCUACCUGGUCAACCUGAUCCUGGCUGUGGUUGCCAUGGCCUACGAGGAACAGAACCAGGCCACCAUCCAGGAGGCCUGGAUGAAGGAGAGAGAGUUCCAGCUGGCCAUGGAACAUGUACGCAGAGAACAGAGGAUGGCAGAAAGAAGAAUCCAGCAGGAGACGGACUCGGUCGUGUCUCCAGAGCUGUCCCCGUUUCAACUAAAAGCGGGCAGUAGUUUGAAACGGACGGCCAGUAGAAGAUCUCACAGGAUGCUGUCCGAGGAUCCAGAGGACGAAGCAGAUGGGAAGUUUGAGCCACUGGAUGAGCGGGUGUCCCCCCUGCCUCCCACGUCUCCCAUGCCCGUCCACCCUCUCCUUGCUGCCAUGUCGUCCCACCCUCUCAGCACCCGCCGUGGCAGCCAGGCCAGUAUCUUCUCCUUCAGACCCUGUGCCACCUCCGAUGCCGACUUCGGGGAUGACGAGUACAGUGUUCAUGGGGACGUCAUGGGGAGGAGCAGGGCAGGCUCCACCAUCGGCCCCAACUGGCAACACAAGCACAAAAGGACAGGCAGCGUGAGGAGCCAUUGCUCCCAGGUCUUCACCCCCAGUCUCAACAUCAACGGACGUCUCAACAUCUCCCUGGACCAGAACGGCGUCACCACGGUCGGCCUGCACACCCCCACCUCCCUACCCGCCUGCAGCAUGGAGAAGGUCAAAGAAGAUAAAGAGCCCACCUGUAUAGACGAGUCCAGUGCCAAGCCGGCCCAGCUCUCCCCCGAGGCUGCAGAGCCUCCCCUCCGUAGGAAACGCGGUCUGAGCUCCAUUAGCUUCCUCAGCGAUGCCAUGGAUGGUGAGGGUACCUUCAGAGAGCUGGAGGAGUCUCGUCAGAAGUGCCCCCCCUGCUGGUACACUUUUGCCAAGGCGUACCUGAUCUGGGACAGGUGCCCAUGGUGGCUGAAGGUAAAGGAGUAUGUGAAGAUGAUUGUGAUGGAUCCCUUCCUAGACCUGGCAAUAACCAUCUGUAUCGUCCUCAACACCCUCUUCAUGGCCCUGGAACACUACCCCAUGACCGACGAGUUCAACAAUGUGCUCUCUGUUGGCAACCUGGUGUUCACGGUGAUCUUCACAGCGGAGAUGGUGUUCAAGCUGAUAGCCAUGGAUCCGUACUACUACUUCCAGCAGGGCUGGAACAUGUUUGAUGGCAUCAUCGUCUGCCUCAGCCUCAUGGAGUUGGGCCUGUCCAACGUAGAGGGACUGUCUGUCCUGCGCUCCUUCAGACUGUUGCGAGUGUUCAAGCUAGCGAAGUCAUGGCCCACCCUGAACACACUGAUCAAGAUCAUCGGUAACUCCGUGGGCGCUCUGGGAAACCUGACCCUGGUGCUGGCCAUUAUCGUUUUCAUCUUCGCCGUGGUGGGCAUGCAACUGUUCGGCAAGAACUACCAGGACUGCGUGUGUAAGAUCUCUAAGGAUUGUAUGUUACCUCGUUGGCACAUGAAGGACUUCUUCCACUCGUUCCUCAUCGUGUUCCGGGUGCUGUGUGGCGAGUGGAUCGAGACCAUGUGGGAUUGUAUGGAGGUGGCCGGGCAGCCUCUCUGCAUUCUGGUCUUCAUGCUGGUGAUGGUCAUAGGAAACCUGGUGGUGCUGAACCUGUUCUUGGCCCUGCUGCUCAGCUCGUUCAGCUCAGACAACCUGUCAGCUCCCGACGAGGACGGAGAGAUGAACAACAUCCAGAUCGCCGUCGCCCGCAUCCACACGGGGUUCGCCUGGCUGACGAGGAACGUCUCCGACCUAUUCAACGGAAACCUGAAGAAGAGACGUCUCAUGACUAAAGACGUUCAGAUUUCUGUGAACCUGACACCCGUAGCCAAUCACGUGGAGAGUAACGGCGGGGUGGGGGUGGGGGUGGUGGGGCCGAUCGGACGCUACGGAGAAAAGGUCCCGGACGACGACAGCUACAUGACCAACCCCAACCUGACCAUCAGCGUGCCCAUCGCUCCAGGGGAGUCGGACGUGGAGUUCCCUGAGGAAGGAGAGGUGGAGGAGGAGACAGAGUCGUCAGAGGACGAGGACAACAAAGCGGAAAAAGUGAGCCUAUCAGAAGGCAGCACGGUGGACUUGCGGAAGCCAGGGGAAGAAGAGGAUGACUUCUCUGAGACGGCUGACGAUGUCAUGGAGCCAGAUGAAUGUUUCCCUGAAUUCUGUGUUCGCCACUGUAAGUGCUGUGAGAUCAACACGACUCGGGGCCUGGGUCAGGCCUGGUGGAGACUGAGGAAGACCUGUUACCAGAUUGUUGAACACAGCUGGUUCGAGACUUUUAUUAUCUUCAUGAUCCUGCUGAGCAGCGGUGCUCUGGCAUUUGAGGACAUCUACAUUGAGAAAAGGAAAGUAGUGAAGGUUAUCUUGGAGUACGCUGAUAAGGUCUUCUCCUACAUAUUCGUCCUAGAGAUGUUCCUCAAAUGGAUUGCCUACGGCUUCAAGAAGUACUUCACCAACGCUUGGUGUUGGCUGGACUUCCUCAUUGUCGAUGUGUCGUUGGUGAGCCUGGUAGCUAACUCUCUGGGCUACUCUGACUUUGCUGCCAUCAAAUCACUGAGGACCCUCCGAGCGCUGAGGCCCCUAAGGGCCCUGUCCAGAUUCGAGGGCAUGCGGGUGGUGGUGAACGCACUGAUUGGAGCCAUCCCAUCCAUCAUGAACGUCCUGCUGGUCUGCCUCAUCUUCUGGCUCAUCUUCAGCAUCAUGGGAGUCAACCUGUUCGCAGGGAAGUUUGGUAAAUGUGUGAACCGGACAGGGUUCAUCCAGAAUGCCUCCAUCGUCAACAACAAGUCAGAGUGCCUGGCCAUGAACGACACUCAGUUUUAUUGGACUAAAGUCAAGGUCAACUUCGACAACGUGGGACUAGGAUACCUCUCACUGCUGCAAGUGGCCACGUUUAAAGGAUGGAUGGAAGUUAUGCAUGCAGCUGUUGAUUCACGUGGCGUAGAGGAGCAGCCAAUCAGGGAGAUCAACCUCUACAUGUACCUCUAUUUUGUCAUCUUCAUCAUCUUCGGAUCCUUCUUCACUCUCAACCUCUUCAUCGGAGUCAUCAUUGAUAAUUUCAACCAGCAAAAAAGAAAGAUAAGUGGACAAGACAUUUUCAUGACUGACGAGCAGAGGAAGUACUACAACGCUAUGAAGAAAAUAGGCUCUAAAAAGCCCGAAAAGCCUAUACCAAGACCUACGAAUAUACUCCAAGGCUUCUUAUUUGACCUGGUAUCCAAGCAAGCCUUUGACAUCAUCAUUAUGAUGCUGAUCAUCGUCAACAUGGUGACCAUGAUGGUGGAGACAGACGAUCAGUCCGUACGCAUGGAGUCCAUUCUCAACAAGAUCAACCUGAUUUUCAUUGUCAUCUUCGCCACCGAAUGCCUCAUGAAGAUCGUGGCACUUCGCUGCUAUUUCUUCACCGUGGGAUGGAACAUCUUUGACUUUGUGGUUAUCAUUCUCUCCAUCGUGGGUAUCGUUCUGGCUGACAUCAUCGAGAAGUACUUUGUAUCUCCGACUCUGUUCCGUGUCAUCAGACUGGCAAGGAUAGGACGCGUCCUUCGCCUGAUACGUGGAGCCAAAGGAAUAAGGACUUUACUGUUUGCCUUAAUGAUGUCCAUGCCAGCGUUGUUCAACAUCGGCCUGCUGCUCUUCCUCGUAAUGUUCAUAUACGCUAUCUUCGGAAUGGCCAACUUCGCUUACGUGAAAAAAAAGGAAGGGAUAGAUGACAUGUUCAACUUCGAGACCUUUGGGAAUAGUAUGAUCUGCCUGUUUCAGAUCAGCACGUCCGCCGGGUGGGACAACGUCCUGGAGCCCAUCAUGUCUAACUCCCCAGAGGAGUGUGAAGCCUACGUCGUCAACACCGGCACCAACGUCCGGGGAAACUGUGGCAACCCGUCUGUGGCAAUCGCCUUCUGUGUCAGCUACAUCAUCAUAUCGUUCCUCAUCGUGGUCAACAUGUACAUCGCCAUCAUCCUGGAGAACUUCAGCGUGGCCACCGAGGAGAGCACCGAGCCGCUGAGCGAGGACGACUUCGAGAUGUUCUAUGAGGUUUGGGAGAAGUUCGACGCAGAGGCCACCCAGUUCAUAGAGUUCUCCAAGCUGUCGAAUUUCGCAGACAACCUGUCGGAGCCGCUGCGCAUCGCCAAGCCUAACAAGAUCAAGCUGAUCUCUAUGGACCUGCCGAUGGUGAGCGGGGACAAGAUCCACUGCCUGGACAUCCUGUUCGCCUUCACCAAACGCGUGCUGGGCGAGUCGGGCGAGAUGGACGCCCUCAAGCAGCAGAUGGAGGAGAAGUUCAUGAUGGCCAACCCGUCCAAGAUCUCCCACGAACCAAUCACAACGACCCUACGCCGCAAGCAGGAAGACGUGUCUGCCAUCAUCAUCCAGCGCUGUUACAGACGCCACCUGGUGAAACGGCAGAUGAAGCAGGCCUCAUUCCUUUACAGACAGAUGAACCUUCAGACCAACCUGAACUUGCAGGAGCACAUAGUGGUGGACAUAGAGAGGGCCCCGGAGACGGAGGGCCUCAUCGCCGCCAUGAUAAAGGAACACUACGGCCCCGAGGGGCCCGUCGAGGAGGAGGAGGAGGAGGAGCUGGUAGAGGUCAUGGGGGUCAUGGAAGGGACUCUGUCCUCCUCACCGCCAUCUUACGACAGUGUGACCCGGCCGGGGGUGGCUAGUGACGUUGGUCAGAUAGAACGGCUAGAAAGGCCGAGAGACUUAGUGUUAGAACUCAGGGAGCCUAGCCCCUCACAAACAUAUAGGGAACCUAGCACCUCACAAACAUAUAGGGAACCUAGCACCUCACAAACAUAUAGGGAACUUAGCCCCUCACAAACAUUUGAAGAGACAUUUCUUUGAGAUAUUGUUUUCAGGAAACGUGUUUUUUGUUGUUUUGUUUACAACAUGUACAGUAUCAUAACUCGGAACAACUCUCUUGGUACAAGAUGAACAUUUUUAUAGCAGAAAAUACCCAGGAAUUUCAUGGUAAAAUGCAAAUAUUGCUUUUCUAUUGUUUAUAAAAGACCCUUUGUCAAUCAAACAAUCAUAUGAUAUGUGUAUUAAUAAUGUUUAGAAACCCAGGCACCACUUUGAAGAUGGCGAUUCCACUAAAAUGUAUAAAAGAUACUUAUAAACAAAUGUGUGAUUUCAUAUAUUCUGUCACAAUGGUUAACCAGUAAGUGUAAAUGACAAUCAAUCAGCUCUGAAUAACAUUUUGAAGUUGGAUUGUUUUGAUUUACGGAUGAAUAGAGAUAAAUGUGGACUGUUAAGAUCUUGGUUCUCGUUUUGAUUACAGACGAUGGACUCUUAUCUUUAUUAUCAAAAAAUGGCAGAUUUGCUAAAAUUAUAUUUAUGAAAAAGUAUAUUUAAGUAUAUUUUCUUAUUAAUGGAUAUUUCAGGACAAAUAUUAUUGUUAUUUUCUAACCAAUGAGUUAAUAUGGUAAAGACCACAUUAUUUGAUCAGAAGUGUAUAGUUUAUAUGUAUAUAUUAUGCACUAAAUUUAUUUUAUUGCAUGAUCAGUAUAUUAAAACCCCCAUGGUGAAGGGUUGUGUAUAGUACUAACUGCAGCAUAAUGUGCCUGAUAAUGGUUGUCUGUCAUCUGCACACUCAGUUCCCUUUGAAACCAUUUAAUUUGACCUGUGGAAGUAGACGGGAGUAGAAAUAUACAUGACAAACAUGUGUUAUAUUGACCUACGUAAAGAGUUAUGGGGGGGGCGUUCAUGUCAAACAUUUAUAUCUAACUUUUAUAAUGUAUUUAUAUUGUAAGGUCAUCUCCAUGACAGUCCAUACGUAUAUAGGGAUAAUAGCCAGAGCAAUCAAAUGAUGUGUAUACAACUGUAUUCAUUCUUUUUACAUGAAAGAUGAUAAGAUACUUCCUUGAAAACCUUUUUUCCGUAUUAAUUUUAAGUAGGU